AUGAGUGAUGGAGGUGAGAUCCAAUCAGCUUUAUCUGAGUGGACAGGACAGACCACUGUUCCAAAUGUUGUCAUCAAAGGAAAACAUAUCGGUGGAUGCGAUAGAGUGAUGGAGAGUAACAAGCAAGGCAAGCUUGUGCCACUCCUUACUGAAGCUGGUGCUAUAGCCAAUAACUCUUCCCAGCUUUAA